CGCGAAAGCCGCGCGGAGACGGCGCGCACGCUGCUUCCCCGCCAUGGCCCAGCGCCGCGUUACCGACUUUUUCGCGCGUCGCCGCCCGGGUCCUACAGCGCGGCGGGCCAAGUCGGCCUGCCGCACCCCGAGCCCCGCCGUGGCCCUCGCGCUUACUACCCCAGGCAGCAGCCGCAAGCGCGCCCGCCCUUCCGCCGCACCCGGGAGCAGCAGGCCCGAGCCGCCCGCGCGCAGGAGGCUGCGGCUGCAGGACUCGCAGGAUUCCUGUCCCAGUUCUGCACCUGACCCUACCUCUCUAGCCUGCUCUUCCCUGGGCAGGAAGAUCGAGAACACUGCCACCUCCACGGGUCAGCCACCCCACCUGGCAGCCUCCAAGGACAAGGCCCUCUCCAAGGACACCAUCUCUGAGCUCCAGUCAUGUCUGCAGCGGGCACGGGCCCUGGGGGCACGGGCCCAGGCACUGAGGGCCAGUGCUCAGAAGGCUGCGGAGGAACCUAGCACAGUGGAGGUUGAGGGACCUGCAGAGCAGCCAUGUGGCGAAAAGGCACCUGCCUACCAGCGCUUCCAUGCCCUGGCCCAGCCUGGACCCCUGAGCCUUGUGCUGCCCUACAAGUACCAAGUGCUGGCCGAGAUGUUCCGCAGCAUGGACACCAUCGUGGGCAUGCUCCACAACCGUUCUGAGACUGUGACCUUUGCCAAGGUCAAGCAGGGUGUCCAGGACAUGAUACGCAGGCGCUUUGAGGAGCGCAAUGUGGGCCAGAUCAAAACUGUGUACCCCGAGUCCUACCGCUUCCGCCAGGAGCGUGGCAUCCCCACCUUCAGGGAUGGCGUGAGGAGAUCUGAUUACCAGCUCACCAUUGAGCCCUUGCUGGACCCGGAGGCUGGCGGUCCCCCUCAGCUCACGGCCUCGCAACUCCUGCAGCGGCGGCAAGUCUUCAGCCGGAAUCUGGUGGAGCGCGUCAGGGAGCACCACAGGGCCUUCCUGAGCUCUUUGAACCCCCCACUGGCUGUGCCCGAGGACCAGCUGACACGCUGGCACCCGCACUUCAAUGUGGACGGUGUGCCUGACAUCGAGCCGGCUGAGCUGCCCCAGCCACCCACCACAGAGAAGCUCACCACUGCCCAGGAGGUGCUGGCCCGGGCCCGUAGCCUGAUGUCACCCAGGAUGAAGAAGGCCUUGAGUGACAUGGCCCUGCGCUCUGCCCAGCCCAGCAGCCCUGGGCCCCCCAGCCCUGCGAUGCCGGCCACCCCACCAGCCACCCCUCCCAGUGCCCUGAGGGGCGUGUCCCAGGCCCUCUUGGAGCGGGUCCGGGCCAAGGAGGCUCAGAAGCAGUUGGCGCAGAUGACGCGGCGCCCCGAGCAGGAGCUGCGCCUGCAGCGGCUGGAGCGGCUGCCUGAGCUGGCCCGAGUGCUGCGUGGUGUCUUUGUGUCUGAGCGUAAGCCGGCACUCACCAUGGGGGCGGCCUGCGCCAGGAUGGUUGGCAGCUGCUGCGCUGCCCUGAGCCCAGGGGAGAUGGAGCAGCACCUGCUGCUGCUUGCUGAGCUGCUGCCGGACUGGCUCAGCCUGCACCACAUCCGCGCAGACACCUACAUCAAGCUGGACAAAGCUGCUGACCUGACUAGCAUCACAGCACGGCUGGCCCAUCAGGCUCGUGCAGAGGGGCUGUGAGCCUGCAGCUGCCCUGGACAUCCAAGCCCCCGCGCCUGUUUGCUUCACCAAUGAGAUGUACUUUGGAUCUUCCUUCCAGGUCCCCCCCCUGCCCCCCACAGAGUAGAAGGCUGGACGUGGGUUGCACAGCAUGAGGCCUCUGGCCACGUGGAGUGCGUCCACUCCAGGGAUUUCACAGUGGCUGUCUUUGCUGCUGGGAUGGGGAAGCCACAUCCACCCAGGGCAUGUCAGGGAAGUGGACUGGGGCAGCUGGCCUUUGCUGCCACCCAGAGUGUGACUGGCUGAUGGUGUAGGUUCCCCCAGAUGUCCACGUCCUAGCCUGUUGAGCUGUGGUCUCACGCAGCAGAGGGGACAUUGGCCACAGAGGCUGCUGGCUGUCCCUCCACCAGCUGCUUCAGGGUGCUCAAGGUUCUGCUUAAAGCCAGGAUCAAGGCCCAGGUGUUCCAGAGGCCAGCAUGGAGCUGCGUCCCCUGGGGGCACUUCCUACCUUGCUUGAAGGAGCCUCUUCCACAAAAGAAAUCUAAGACCGGGCAGAGAAUUUGGACUUCUGGUCAAAUGUACAAAGAUGAGGUUCUGAGAAUGUGAAAUCAGACUUCUCUUUGAAGAAUGAAAUGAACCUUGAUUUUCUAUAAAACUAAGCUUGUUUAAGUAUCUCGGCAGGAUGAUCUUGUUUGCUUACUUUGAAGUUUACUGCUGAACACCUAAGGCUUUGGAGUUUCAGGUCUUGUUGGCUUUUUGAGUCAUGUAAGAUUUAAAUAAAAGUUUGCU